AUGAAUGAUGUUUCAUAUUUGUUCACUUUCUUCUUCAUCCAUGGACUGCUACUUUCACAUACAACUUUCAUUGUGAAGGCCACUCAAACUGUUUCUUUGGAUACAACACCUUCUCAUCACGUUGUUUUUGGUAGGUUGAAAGUGGUGCCUAGUAGAGUCCGAAGGCCUAUUACAUCACGGCCCCCGCCGCCUGUGGGGAAUGUUCCUCUUCAUCAGAGUCCUCCUCCUCCGCAGUGGUCACCACCUGACCCGCCCAUUUAUAUGGUUAUGGCUUCUGAAGCUGUUUCAGCUGUGUCCCAUUAUGAUAUUUCUUACAAGUUGAAAGUAGUGUCCAAGAAGAAACCUAGAAGACCCCCACCAUCUCCUAAACCCAAUUCCCCGGUUCACAACAGACGAGCUCCAUCACCGCCGCCGCCGCCACCACCACCAUAUCCUUCUAUAGGAGCAUAG